AUGAUUGAAGUAAUUGCAGAGAUCUUGCGAGGUCCCGUAUUUCUCGCAGGCGAAACUCUUCAUUGUCGAAUAACAUUAACAAAUAAAUUAUCGGAUGAAAAUGAUUCAACAAAUCAUCAAGGAACUCCAGAAAAAAUUUCCUGGGCAAGUGUUCAACUACAUUGUCAACGUUAUGUAAAUGAACAAAAAGUUAAUUUACAACAACAACAACAACAACUAUCGAGUACAAAAUCGAAUGAUUCAUUAGCCACUAAUGUUGAUAUUGUUCCAUUAGAUUCAACUGCUUUGAUUGCUACAAAAGGUGAAACUGGCCAAACAGUAUAUACAUCUAAACCAUGUGUACUGUUUUGUGAUCUGACAUUACAACCCGGAGAAACUCAAAUAUUUUCUUAUAGUGAAACAAUUUCUACUCAUGUACCUCCUACAUUUCGAGGAAAUUAUGUUAAAUAUUCAUAUAAACUUACAAUUGGUACACAACGGGUUAAUCAUCCAACAGCACUCAUUCGAGUACCUUUUCGUGUAUUAGUUGUACCAGAUAAAUUUAUUCGACAAGAUAAAGCUGCAAUAGCUUCAUCUCAAUCUGGCAUUACAGUUAACAAUCCAUUUGUUUCUUGUCAUCGUACAGAAAUCGAUUCUUUAACAACAGCUUUAGAUGCUCUUCAAAUUCUAACAUCUCGAACACAUCAAAAUGUUUAUAAUAUAACAAAUAAUCGUGGACGUGUUUGUCGUUUUACAUUAUUUAAAAAUAAUUUUAAAUUAGGUGAAGAUAUAUUAGGCAUAAUUGAUUUUGAUCAUACAGAGGUAUCAUGUGUACAAUUUACUGUUACAUUGCAAAGUGAAGAAGUAUUAAAUCCACAAUAUCGUCGAAAAUCCAGUCAAUUACCUAAUUUAACAUCAUUUACAAAACAAUCGGAAUUUUGUUUAUCAACAUUUCAAACAUAUUUAUCUCUGUCUAUUCCAUUAUCUUGUACACCAACAUUUUCAGUAGAUCUUGUUGCAUUACGAUGGAAAUUACAUUUUGAAUUUGUUAUAUCAAAAAGUCCACGUAGUUUAUUACCAAUAAAUAAUGAUCCAUCAACAAGUACAAUAUGGUUACCAGCAAAUUCAAUUGAUGUUGAAAGCAUGACUUGGGAUUUAGGAAUAAAAAUUUUACCAACAAAUCCAUGUUUUGCUAAUAAUGUUGCGAAAAUUUCUUGUACAACAGUUGCUACUAUUUAA